AGCUCUUUCUUGCUGCUAUGGCAGUUGCAGUAAGUUCUCAGACUCUAGAGGUUGCUGAUGUUCCACUGAAAAAGGCCUCGCAGAGUGAUCAAGACGACUCAGAAGAACAAUGGUCCCUGGAAAAUAAGGAACUUGAUACCAGUGAACCCACAACUAUGGAGACCACAACAGCAACCCCCACUCCUCCUCCACUGCCUAAAGAGAAUACCAUGCUAGCAUUACCAGGCUCAGGUCUCACUAAUGAUGAGUUUAUUUCAGGAUUUCAUCAAAAUUUCAAUUGUCAGGACUAUGAUUAUCCUGUCCAGUGUCCGAUCUGUUUAUGCGACAAGGAAUUCCUCAGAGAACUCCCUUGCUGUGAGUUUGAAAUAUGUAGAACUUGCAUCCGUUGGAUUAUUGCAACUAAUAUUGAUGAGGGUCGUUCUUUUAUGCCUUGCCCAAAUUUGGAUUGCAACAAAGGACUUCCAAGAGAUUUCAUCCAGGAAUAUUUUGGAAAAAAGGACAGUGAGAUGAAAGCAAAGUACGAGAGAUUCCGUGUCAAUCAGGAGAAUGACCCCACAAAGAAGACAUGUCCAAAUUGCUGUUUCAUAACAGAGCGAGACGAUCUUCCGGAGUACAAAUUAAAACCACCAACACCAGAGGAUUAUAACAUAACAUGUGAAAAAUGCUCCUUUCAAUGGUGCUUUAGCUGUUACUCUCCGUGGCACAAGGACCUUUCAUGCAAAGAGUAUCAUCAAGGUGAUGAGCUGUUUCGUAUAUGGACUGAUGAUCGACCAUCUAAUUGUCAGCAGUGUCCACAAUGCAAGGUAUUCAUUCAGAUUUCUGAAGGAUUUUGUAAUACCAUUAUAUGCAGCCAGUGCAACACACCUUUCUGCUACCUGUGUGGAGAAAAAUUUGACAAUUUCCCAAAUAUUGGAGAUCAUUACCAAAAGCUACCUCCUAAUGGUUGUCCAUUUAACAUGAUUCCUGAGAUAUCAGCAAAAGGAUGUAGGUAUUACUUUGCGAAAGCAACUUCCUUGACUGGUUACCAAAUCCUGUUCGUUGGACUUUGUGCUAUAAUUGCUGUUGUAGCAAUAGUGUUGCUGUCUAUUGAUGGAUUGGUAAAGCUGUACAAAAAAAUUAAAGAAUUAUUUGAAAUGAUUGAAUGAUUUAGUGUACCUGACAUCUUUUACUAUCUGUAUAUAUAUAAUUAUAUUUUAUUACAUCUAUAUUGCUGAUAUAAACAAAUUCAUUUUAA